UUAAUGCAAAGUGCACUAACUUGAUUGAUAAUUUUUAUUUUGAUAAAUAUUUAUUUGACCUUUGCUCAUUUUAAUUAUGAGUAUAGGAUUACUACAGAAAUUACAUAGGACAAUUAUUACGUAUAGUGUCUCGAGAAUAAUGGCUGUGCGACCAUCAAGUGAUAUGGCAAAGUUUAAAGAAGCGUUGAAAGCGGCCAAGCAAGUCGUCAUACUAUCUGGAGCCGGCAUUAGUGCAGAAUCUGGAAUACCUACGUUCCGAGGAGCUGGUGGUUUCUGGAGGAAGUACCAGUCUUCAGCCUUGGCCACACCAGAGGCUUUCAGAGAAAGCCCUAGUUUAGUUUGGGAGUUUUAUCAUUACAGACGUGAAGUUGCUGCAAAGGCUCAGCCUAAUGCGGGCCAUUUAGCAAUAGCAAACUUUGAAAAAAAAUAUGGGAAUGAGAAGACAAUCACAGUGAUAACACAGAAUGUUGAUGGAUUACAUGCAAGAGCAGGGACUAAGAAUUUAAUUGAACUACAUGGAAACCUGUACAAAACUCGCUGCACUAAAUGUAAGGAGGUGUUAGUGAAUACAGACAGUCCUAUUUGUGAGGCAUUGGCCAACAGAGGAGCACCAGAUGCAAAGGUAAUUGGCUCUGAUAUCCCUGUGAAGUCACUACCCCAUUGUAAAAAGUGUGGAGGUCUACUGAGGCCCCAUAUUGUGUGGUUUGGGGAAGGUUUGGAUCCUAAUGUCUUAGAAAAUGCAGAAAGAGCCAUGUCAAAAUGUGACAUAUGCUUAGUAGUAGGCACCUCAUCAGUGGUGUAUCCCGCCGCAAUGUUUGCGCCACAAGCCGCAGCCAGGGGGGCUACUGUAGCAGAAUUUAACUUAGAAACAACACCUGCCACUCCAGACUUCCACUACUACUUUGAAGGACCGUGUGGCACCACACUACCAGAAGCAUUGUCAGACUGAAUUAUUUUUAGUAGGUGAAGGAAAGAUAUUUCGUAUCAUAUGGUAAAGGUGCCUUUAUAUUGUAAUAUGUUAUUCAAUUUUAUAUAAUAAAUUACGAAACAAAUGUAUAUAUGUAAAUAAAUAAUAUUUAUUCAGUUAUUGUUUGUACAUAGUUGUGUAAGAAUUGUUGAUGCUUUGUUAAUAUGUAUAGCCACAAAUAAAAUUAUUAUCACUUCUUC